GACAUCGAGGCCUAUGUGACCAUUCUCUAAAAUAUUUAAGCUCGAGAAUCAUGGAGCGGAAGCUGCAGGGCUCAUGGCUGCCUGCUGGCCGAGGGAAUCUGGAGAAACUGUCCCCGGGAACACGCAGCUCCGUGGUGCCCGUGUUCAGCCCUCAGAAUGGUUCCCACUCCACCCAUGCUGAGAACAGCCCGCUGAAGCCCAGGGUGGUGACCGUGGUGAGGCUGGGCGGACACCCGCUGCGGAAGAUCACCCUGCUCCUCAACAGGCGGUCAGUGCAGACCUUCGAGCAGCUCUUGGCGGAUGUCUCAGAGGCCUUGGGCUUUCCAAGAUGGAAGAGCGAUCAUGUGAGAAAACUGUUUAACCUCAAGGGCAAAGAAAUCAGGAGCGUCUCUGAUUUCUUCAGGGAAGGGGAUGCUUUCAUAGCCGUGGGCAAAGAACCACUGACACUGAAGAACAUUCAGGUGGCCAUAGAAGAACUGUACCCCAGUAAAGCCCGGGCCUUGACAUUGACCCAGCAUGGCCGGAUUCCUUCUCCGAGGCUGAGAAGCAGGCUUUAUUGCAAGGCUCUGAAAGGGAGUCACCACUGUGGGGAGACGGAGAGCACCAAGAGCGGCAGUGAGGCUGCCAGGUCCAAGGCAGCCAUCAGACACCAGGGGAAGGCCCCCGUGGAGCCGGUGCCGGAGGACAGGGCAAAGGCCCCGAAGAAGUGGGCGAGGGGGAAUUGGGAACCUGAACCCGGGAGCAAGCCUCCCAGGGAAGCCGCCUUAGAGAGGCAUGCGAACGGAGAGAAGCACCUGGGGGUGGAGAUCGAGAGGACCUCAGGUGAAAUUAUCAGGUGUGAGAAGUGCAAGAGAGAGAGAGAGCUCCAGCAGAGCCUGCAGAGGGAGAGGCUGUCCCUGGGGACCAGUGAGCUAGACAUAGGCAAGUCCCAACGGUAUGACGUGGAGAAGCUGGUAAGGACCAGGAGCUGCAGGAGGUCCCCCGAGGCCAACCCUCUGGGUGGGGAGGAACAGGGGAAGGGUGACAGCCACAGGAGCAGUUCCAGGAACCCCACUCAGGAGAUGAGGAGACCCAGCAAGAACACGGACAAGAAAGAGGACAGAGACCCCGGAGGCCAGGAAGGUCAUCUGCAAGGAGCAGCCAAGGCUAAGAAGGAUCUCGUGGAAGCUCAACCUGUCAGAGAGGAGGGCCGGAGGGAUGGGAAGAAAGACCCCAGGAACAAGCAUGGCGGCUGGCUUCUCAGGGAGCACCAGGCUGACUCUGAGAAGCUUCCCAGGACCAGAGGGGAAGAGCAGGAGGCAGAAAAGGAGAAAAAGCCAUGUGCGUCAGGAGGGAGAAAGAUGCUUUCCAAAGAUGACCAACUCGGAAGGGUAGAAAAGGAGCCCAAAACAAGGCCGGAAGAAAGCAAGUCAGAGAGGCCUGGUGGGCGGAAGCGGCGGCCGGCGGGCAUCAUCUCGGCCAACGUGGAGAAGCACUAUGAGCCGGGCCGGGUCAUUGGGGACGGGAACUUCGCCGUGGUGAAGGAGUGCCGGCACCGAGAGACCAGGCAGGCCUACGCCAUGAAGAUCAUCGACAAGUCCAAACUCAAAGGAAAGGAGGACAUGGUUGACAGUGAGAUCUUAAUUAUCCAGAGCCUCUCUCAUCCCAACAUAGUGAAACUGCAUGAAGUCUACGAAACAGAAACGGAAAUCUACCUGAUUAUGGAGUACGUGCAGGGCGGAGACCUUUUCGAUGCCAUCAUAGAAAGUGUCAAGUUCCCAGAGCAUGACGCUGCCCUCAUGCUCACCGACUUGUGUAAGGCGCUCGUCCAUAUGCAUGACAAGAGCAUUGUCCACCGGGAUCUGAAGCCAGAGAACUUGCUGGUUCAACGAAAUGAAGACAAAUCUAUCAGUUUGAAACUGGCUGAUUUUGGCCUUGCAAAACAUGUGGUGAGACCUAUAUUUACUGUGUGUGGGACUCCAACAUAUGUAGCUCCUGAAAUUCUGUCUGAGAAAGGUUACGGGCUGGAGGUAGACAUGUGGGCGGCAGGCGUGAUCCUCUAUAUCCUCCUAUGUGGCUUCCCCCCGUUCCGCAGCCCGGAGAGGGACCAGGACGAGCUCUUUAACAUCAUCCAGCUGGGCCACUUCGAGUUCCUGGCCCCUUACUGGGACAAUAUCUCUGACGCUGCCAAAGAUCUGGUCAGCCGGCUGCUGGUGGUAGACCCCAAAAAGCGCUACACGGCCCACCAGGUUCUUCAGCACCCCUGGAUCGAAUCUGCCGCCAAGACCAGCAUGGCGAACCUACAGAAGGAGGCGUCCCCCAGUAGCGACGGCCACCCCCGGAGCCAGCACAGGCGGUCUCCGGAGCAGGCGUCCCAGUCACUGCCUCGGGCACCUGUUCAGCCCCCCGUUCUACUUAAGGCUGGAGAAGAGGAUAGAAGUUGAGGAGAAAACAAUAAAAAGAGCUUCUUCACGUCAUUGGAGAAUCAGGAAGGAGAGACGCUUCAGUAUAUUUUAAAGCGUAUUUAAAACCAUAAACUUGAGUCUUAAUGUUAAAUGUUGUAACAUAUUUUUAGAUUUGUAUAUUUGGAAAUUUUAAUACUUUUUUGUGGGGGAGGGGGAGACUUGUUAUCAGUGAGGAAUUUUUGGUAAUAAUGACGUGUUUUGUUUCCUCUUCAUAAUCAAGUUCGUGGUAUACUACAUGAGUGGUGCUUACCGGGGUCUAACCUCUCCCUGUGUGAUUAAUAAGGUGAAUCAUAGUCUUUCUGUGUUAAUAAAAUGUGCUCUGAAUGACUGGA